AUGAGCGCAGACCGCUGGUUCACCUACCUAUUCGACACCUCCCUCCGGAACACCUGCGGGUACAGAGGGCCAACACCAUACUGGGACUGGUCGCUCGACCACGCGGACCUGUUCGGCUCGCCAGUGCUGGAGGACUCACCCAAGUACGGGCUGGGCGGGACGGGGGACUGCGGUUCCUCCUCCGAGGCGGACUGUACCGUCAUCGCUGGCGCUUUUGCUCCCUCUAACGGGAACUUCACGCUCGCCUGGCCGAUCCCGCACCAUCUGCGGAGGAACCUGACGCUCAUCACCGGCUGGUUCCCAAACGAGAAGCCUCAAAACAGCACCCUCGGCCCGGACUUUGUGCGCAACGCGAUAGAGCAGAACACAGGCGACUUCUUUAAGUUUCAGCACGCAAUGGAGCUACUGCACAACCACAUACACAACUUCGUUGGGGGCGACUUAGCGGGAGGCUGCCCUAAGGCCCUGCCGGAGGAGGACUGCAAGGGCAUGGCCAUCACCUUCACGCCCAAUGACCCUCUCUUCUGGCUUCAUCAUGCACAGCUUGACCGCUUGUGGAAUAAGGUGCAUAUGCCCCCCGGAACCCCCAUGCUACCCUCCCGCUUCAUGUGUCUGAUGUGCAACGGAGUACGAAGUUGCUGA